UGCUAAAUAUCUGUUUUCAUUAAAAAAAAAAAAAAAUCUGUUUCAGUUUCUUUAUUAAUCUCUCUCUCCUAUCUUCAUCGUUCCGAGAAGAGAACUGAAGCUCGAUCAAGCUUUCUGAUAGACUGGUUGGAGAGAUGGAAUCGGAGUUAGAAUGGGAUAAAGCGCAGAAAAUUGAGAUAAGCGUGGAUAUUCUUACUGUUGCCAAAAAGCAUCUUCUCUUUUUGUCUACUGUAGAUAAAAACCGUUGGCUCUAUGAAGAUUCUAUUAUAGAGAGGGCUAUUUACAGGUAUAAAACAUGUUGGCUCCCUUUGCUUGCGAAAUUUUGUAAGUCCAAGGAUUUUACUCAAGGACCUUUGGUUGUACCUCUUGACUGUGAAUGGGUUUGGCACUGUCACAGGCUCAAUCCAGUUAGAUACAAAUCUGACUGUGAGAAACUAUAUGGUGGGAUUCUUGACAAUGAAAAUGUUUUAUCGUCUAUUCAACAAGAUGUAUCAGCAACUGAAACUGAGAAAAUCUGGAGUGAACUAUAUCCCAAUGAACCUUACCUCCUUAAUCAUCUUUCUGAAGUAUCUGUCCCUAUGGAAGAUGUUUCUGAUGCUGCUAACUACACCACAUAUGAUCUUCUUUCUGGUAUCAAAAGGCAAAUCCCAUUCUCUUAUCAGGUAUCCAAACAGCACAUGAACUACGAUCUUUUUCUUGAGACAGCCAUUGCUAGAUACAAAGGAUUUCUGUAUCUAAUCAAGUCGAACUGGGAGAAAUCUGUGAAAUGCUUUUGUGUCCCAACUUAUGACAUUGAUCUAAUAUGGCACUCUCAUCAAUUAAAUCCGGUUUCUUAUUGUAAGGAUUUGGUAAAAACACUUGGUAAGGUGUUAGAGCAUGAUGACACUGAUUCAGACAGGUCAAAAGGGAAGAAGUUAGAUACUGGAUUUUCUGAAACUACCAAGCAGUGGGAAGAAACAUUUGGUUCAAGAUAUUGGAGAGCCGGGGCAAUGUACAGAGGCUCGACUCCAUCUCCUGUUACUACUAUUCCUUAUAAGUCCAAUAGUUUGAAAACAAAGGAUGUUGAAAUUACUCAACAUGAGAAAAUUACAUCCAUUUCAAAGGUUGUCAUGUCAGUGGAGAUCAUGUUAGAGUUCGUUGCAGUGAGAAACUUACCUGAAGGACAAAAGGGAAGUAUUUCAGUCAUGUUUAGAAAAACACAGCCUGACAAUAUCUUUAAUGCCAAGAGAAGACUCAAUAUUAUGUCUGAGUAUGGGCAGAAACAGGUGGCUUUAUUCCAGUGCGAACCUACUGGAAAUCUCAUAUUUGACCUCGUAGCUCAUUCUUCAUCCAAAUUGCCAAUUCCAAAGGCGGUUAAAACCAUCGGUUCCACUUCCAUCUCCUUGGAGGAACUUGUAUCCUCACCUUCAACUCUAUACUUUGAAAAAUGGCUUGAGCUUGAGCCCAGUUCUGGCAUUAUUACGCAGAAGUCAAAGCCAUUUGGUCUUUUGGUUGCCCUUUCGUUCACACCACCAACAUCAGAACCAUAUAGUUUUAACAUGGUCCGAUCACGUUCCUUUACAAACAGUUCUUGCUUUUUCCCACUUCCUAAGAGGGUUCAGUUCACUAAGAGUUGGACACAUAUUGUUGAUGAAUGUGGUGGUGAGAUCAUCAGCCUGCAGAUGAGGGAUAAAAAAGAAACUAAAGGGUCGAACAACUUCAAUAUGAGCAAAGAGGUUGUUGGCAUUACCAAAUCUGGUGAGACUCAACAUCUUGCUGAGUUUAACGGGUCAGAGUGGUCUUUGCUGGACUAUAAAUGGUCUUUUCAGCUUCAGAAGGGAUCUCGUGCACAUGGUGAUCUCAUUGACCUCAAAGGACAUAGGAUGAUCAAAUGGUUCACUGGACGUAGAUUGGAAUAUCAACCGAAAACCUGCACAAACAAAAGAAGUGAACAAGAGUUCAUCACUGUUGUGGAGUUCUCUGCAGCUGAUCCAUAUGGCAAAGCAGUAGCAUUGUUUGAUUUGAAAUGUGGAUCGUGCAAGGUGAAUGAGGAAUGGUUUGUAUUGCCUGGUCUGGUGUUGGCUUUUAUCCUUGCUAACAUUUGGAAAAAGGAAGGAUACAAUAACGACGACAAUAAUAACAUUAAUAGCCUGGUGAAUUGUGAAGAGAAACUGGCAGAUGCGGAACCUCUCAUUAAAGAAGAGGGCAAGUUAACAGAACUUGCUCCGACUGCUCCUCAAACGGAGGAAACAGAACUGAAAGCUGAAAUAUCUAUAGUGGGAACAGAAAAUUGUGGCGGUUGUGGAGGUUGUGGUGCAGGAUGUGGCGGUUGUGGAACUGGAGUGAAGAGCGGCAGUUGUGGAGGCUGUGGUGGAGGUUGUGGCGGUUGUGGAACUGGAGUGAAGAGUGGUGGUUGUGGAGGGUGUGGUGGAGGUUGCGGGGGCUGCGGUGGAGCUUGUGGUGUUAAUAUGGAAAAGGGUGGGAAAUGUAGCGGCUGUGGAGGUGGCUGUGGUGGAUGUGGCGGUUGUGGGGGUGGUGUCCGGGGUGGUGGUGGGAAAGUAGCUGCAGUCAACUAAAAAAUAAUGAAUGAAGUUUGUUUGUUUGUUUAUUUGUGUGUUGUAUGUUUGACAUAUAAUAUAUAUGGCUGUCAUGAAGCAUGUAUCUUAUUAUUAACAUGUGGCCAAUGUAUGUAUGGGAACUCAAAAGUUGGUUGCAUUUGUCUUUCAUUAACAAUCAAUAAUAUGUGUUGUAAGUUGCAGUGUUCAA